AUGUCGGAUCCCUAUCGACAGGGCUAUCCUCGGUACGGUAGCUCACCAGCUCAACAAAACCAGCCAUAUCAUACACCUUCUCCGGCCGCGACACCUUACGCCAGACCUCCUCCGCAACAGCCUUCCCCUUACCCCGCAUCGGGUCAGCAAGGUCAGCAGGGUUAUGCACGUCCUCCACCACCGCCGCCUCAAGGUCAGCCCUACGGAUCUUCGGGAUCGGCAUACCCUGGACAACAACCUCCUUAUCCUGGGCAACAACAACAAUAUACUCCAUACAAUGGACAGCAACAGCAACCCGCGUACCCUGGACAGACUCCCCCUUAUCCAGGACAACAGCCUGUGCAACAACCAUCCUGGACGCGUGAUCAGCCACAACAGCAGCCGACCCCGCAGCCUUACCCUGGACAACAGCCUGCCUAUAAUCAAGGCGCGUACCCUCCUCAGGGUUCUCCAUACCCCGGACAGGGUCGUCCUGGACCUGCUCCCGGUCCUGGCGGACAGUAUGGUGCCCCCGGCGGCGGUCCUCCUUCCCAGGCAGCCCCGCCUACCCCACAGCAAGUUUCAGCAUAUCGCCAGCUGUUGAUCGACACGAUUCAAGAGAAGCAAAUCCAGAGCUUCUACCCACCUGAGCGCCUGGACCGUCUUGUUCAGUCCUUGGCAAGUGAGGCCCCAGUCAAGCUUCAAAGAUUGAUCCAGGAAUGGAAUGUUCCUAUGGAAGUGGCUACAGAUGUGAUGAAACUCGCUUUGUUCGAUGUGAUUCUCUACGUGGAUGACAGUGGAUCUAUUGAGUUCGAAGAGAAGGGUCUUCGUAAGGACCAGCUGCGCCAGAUUCUUGGAAUCGUGGCAACUGCCGCCGCCACCUUCGAUCAGGAUGGUGUCUCUGUGCGAUUCAUGAACUCCCAAGAGAGGGGCGAUGGUAUUCGCAGUGUCGACGACGUCAACAGACUGGUCUCACAAGUUCGAUUCUCUGGGUUGACUCCCCUUGGUACCGGUUUGAGAAGCAAGGUCAUUGACCCCAUGAUCGUUGCACCUGCUCGGGCUGGCCGUCUCGACAAGCCUGUAUUGGUGAUCACCAUCACUGAUGGCCAGCCUGCCGGUGAGGCCCAUAGCAGCGUCCACGACGCCAUCUGCCAUGCUGUCGAGGAGACCUCGCGCACUCGCUACGGACGUGGUGCAGUCUCCUUCCAGUUCUCGCAGGUUGGUAAUGACCAGCGGGCGCGUGAGUUCCUGGGUGACUUGGAUGAGGACCCUCAGAUCGGUAACCUCAUUGAUUGCACAUCGAACUUUGAGGUGGAACAGGAUGAAAUGUCGCGUGCCAACCCUCCUGUCCACUUGACCCGUGAACUUUGGUGCGCCAAGCUGAUGCUCGGUGCGAUUGACUCUUCGUACGAUACCAAGGAUGAGAAGGCCUCUGGUCGUGCCCCUGGCGGUGGAGCCCCUCCCGCUCCUUUUGGCGGGUACAACCAACCGCCCCAAAGUGGACAACAAGGGUAUGGUGGUCCGCCACCUGGUUAUCAAUCCGGCCCUCCCCAGGGAUCUUACAACAGCCCUCAGCCUGGAUACCAACAGGGUCCUCCUCCUCCACAGCAGCAGCAGCAGCAGCAGCAGCAGCGUCCUCCUCAGCAACAGCAACAAGGCCAACAGCCUUACUCAGGCGCCCAGCGUGGAUCUCCCUAUGGACAACCCCAAGGGUAUUAUCCUCCUUCUAGCGGAGCAGGUUAUCCGCCACCACCACGCCGUUAUUAG